AUGCAUCCGCGAGUGCUUGUGUUUUUCAUUCUAGUCACCACAACAAACUUAUUAAGUUUCGAAUGGGAGGUUAUGGGCGCGUGUGCGAACUGCGCGAACGGGGACCUGAGUGUCACCGAGCUGACGAACGCGAGGAUAGAGUACGUGAAGCAGCAGAUCCUGAAGAAGUUGAGGCUGAACAGGAAGCCGACAGUGGCGGUGCCGGUCAACAGCUUGCCGAUGCCCGUCGCGCUAGGCCAGACCCUGAGUGCGGGUUCGGAUAAACCACCGGAAUUUGAUGAUUACUACGGCAGAACGGAACAGAAGAUAAUAUUUCCUGUUGAAGGUGAAUGUCUAACGACGGGUCGAUAUCCGUUCAUCUGUCUGCAAUUCGAAUUGCCACCUGAUGUGGAACCUGAAGAGGUCACCGUUGUAGAAUUGUGGUUCUAUAAGGAGCGCGAUCCUUUGGACGAAUACAACCAAACAUUUGUGAUUUCGGAAGCGGCGCAUUGGGACAGUCAGCAGCAGUUCAAGAAGACAAAACCCAUAGCAAUUAAGGAGACCGACAUUGGUGAAGGCUGGGUUCGAGUGGAGCUUGCCUGGGCUGUUAGAGUCUGGCUAGAAGGCCGAGAGAGGCUACAUACUCUUCAUGUUGCUUGUAGGACUUGUCAGCUACGUCGAGCCCCUCUCUCCUUCCACGAGAAACACCGCCCGUUUCUCGUCCUGUACACCAAAUAUGCUGGCAAGAGGCGACGUGGCCGUACCUUGGAGUGCGGAGCCACUACCAGCGAGUGCUGUCGCGAGCCUCUAUACGUCAGUUUUAAGGAGCUGGGGUGGGACGACUGGAUCAUCAGGCCGUCGGGAUAUCACGCCUACUUCUGUAAGGGGACGUGCGCGCCCAUAUCAGCUGUUUCUCAGGCUGACAGUUAUCAUCACAAUAUAAUUAGGAAAUACUUCUACUCGGUGUCGAACGAGAGAAAGGCGGAGUUCAAGCCGUGCUGUGCGCCGACCACGUUCAGCUCUCUACAGCUUCUCUACAUGGACUCCAACAACACAGUGACGCAGAAGACUCUACCGAACAUGGUAGUGGAAUCUUGUGGGUGUAUGUGA